AUCGGAGCAUCUGACGCCUGACGUUACAUGUUACGCAAUCCCGUCAAUCAUAGUAGGUCUGACUCUGCAGGUGAGGUGAAAAGGUCUCGAAUCACGAUGCCUUACCAAUUCGCUAUAUAUUACUUUAUAGACAAAACAGUAAAAGUUGAAAGUGCAUCGCUUAUUGGGAAUUCGGCCAAUUUAAGUCAAGUGACGUCGCAGCCAGACCUUGACAGCGAUGAUAACUGGAUUGAGAUCAAAUGGCCCACACGAAAAGAGCCCGAUAGGACAGUACCAGCUAAAGUCCUACUAUUAGGAGAUUCGUUCAAGGAUCUUGUCACAAAGAAGAAUUUAUUCAUUUUGGGUAAAGAUAUAUGGACCAAGGAAGAAUGCAGGGGUGUUAUCAUGAAAAAGAAAAUGCUGGAGACCAAUGCGGUGGAGGCAAAAAAAGCUAAGAUGGAAAAGCAAACCAAGAUCAAAGAGACAGCCAAGAACCAGAUGCUUCAAAACCUGAAGGUUUCCCUUUCCAAAAAUAAGAACAAAAACACACAAGAUCAGCAUAAUAGUGAGGCAACUGAGGAGGAAUUUCCACAACAACUUUAUUGUCAAGCAAAGACUUUAAAGGCUGCCAGACCCAAAUCAUCCACUCCUGAUGAUUACACCAGUUCAGAUGAUGAUGCCACAGUCAUACGGAGUCCAAACCAACCUGACAUUGGUAGUGAUAUGGAUGAAGGAUUACCCGCAAUGCAGCACAAUCAGUUAAUGGAUUAUAGCACUGGUCAACAAAUGGCACCCCAAAUGGAUGAAAUCAUGGCAUCCCUUCGUGAACUUCCAGAAAUGAUUAAAAUAAUGAAGGAGUGUGUCCACUGUAUAAAGUCAUUGAAGCCCUCGUUUGGGGGGACCCCAUCAUCCACAACCUCCUCUUUUGUCACUGAAGUUGAGAUGCAACCCUUGGCUGGCAGUGAAGUUUCAGUUCCAAAGAGGGCCUUCCAGCGACUGAACCGCACACGCAUGACCAUCUUUGCGCAGGAGCUGGCUGUCCUGGUCUUUACAAAAGAUGUACUUGCCCAGUCCACGCUAACAGGGAAAUCAGGAAAAGGGGCCCCUCCUAAAACCCAGCUGGACGUUGCCAAAGUGCAGGCCAUAACAGAUGCAGUUCUGCUGGAGUUUCCACAGUCAACAGCAUCUGAUGUGCGAGCAGCUAUCAGACGCAAGUGCAACAAUGAACAGUUCGUCCAGAAGAAGGUCUGAUGUGUAAAUAUGUUUUUAUUUACACCUCUGUUGCUGUUCGGAAGGUUCUCUGUGGUUUCUUUCUGUUUUUGCACUGUUGUAAAACAUGGUAAAUUUAUUCUGUUAAGUUUUGAAACCAAGUUCCUGUAAAUGUAAAUAAAAAUGUUUUAAAUAGAUUUAAAUAAAUACUUGUUAAUAAAAUGUCUUUAUUCAUGUAA